ACAACGAAAAGUCAUAAGAAGUUCUUGUUCGCCUCUAAAAAGUUGUUUACCUUACUUCAUCUACGGUGUAAAGCGAGAAACAGAAUGUCUCUGAUGGAGCACGGUGGUGGCGCCCACAACAGGCCGGUGACGGCAGUGGCCUGGGCCUCCAACAGCAGCACCUGUCCCAAAGACUUCAACCUGAUUAGUAUAACUGAGGAUGGAGCUGCUGCAAACUUCAAACGGAGCUUCGCCAUGAAGGCUGGCUACUACCUCUGCUACAGCAAGGACAUGUCAGGUGGUAUGGUAGUAUCAGAUGUCCAGGUGAUCUCAGACAAGGAGACUGUUCCUCAUGGGUACUGUUACAUACCUGAACACCUGGAGCCUAAAGAGCGUGUGUGUGUCCGCAUGGUGCCAGUGGGCGGUGUGGAAACUGCUGUACUGGAUAUCAAACUGACUGCUAAGACCAGGAGGAUGCUGCAACACUACACCUGCUUAGGGGACAUGCAUGGCUAUGUGAUGUGGUGUAAGAAGGGGCCCUUCUCCAGCCCUCUACCCCAGGCAAAGCCUCGCAGCCUCAGCCUUGACCUCCGGCAGCUCUCCCUGGACCAGAACCCCCCUCCGCUACCCCUCAGACCCAGCAACGCUCCACCCAUGCCCCCUGGCAGGAAGCUCAGCCAUCGCCGCAGCAACCUCCAAUUGAACGACACUGUGGACAAAGUGGUUGACAGCAGCAACAUCUACGGCAUCUCAGCCAUAGAUGGUGUUCCCUUCACUCUACACCCCAAGUUCAAGACCCAAACGAACGGCACGACCCCAACAAACACUCUGAAAUACCAUGAGACCCCAACAAACACUCUGAACAACAUUCGCAUCAAGUCUGUCCAGGACAUUGAAAAUGAGUACAACUACACUUUCACCGUGGAGGAAAACGCAGCCAAGAGAACCACACCUCUCACCACAGGAAGCACAUCUUAAGCUCAAUGACCUUCAUCUCCGACC